GCCAAACAACUGUCUGAACUGGCACCCAGUGGAUAAACAUGACCACCCGACUACGGCACAGGCCUCAACUGGAGGAUGAAGAUGCUUCUGCACUUAAGCUCGGAGCAGAGUUCAACAAUGCCGGUUGCUUACUGAUAUCCGAGGUCAAGUAUCUGCUGGAAAAUAGGGACAAGGAUGCACCAGACACUGCUGUUUAUAACAAGACCCUUGAAUACGUGAAGACAUUUGCGAAAUUCAACACCACCGAUUCUGCUAGCGCGGUGCGAGAAACCCUUCGACGCGAACCCGCAUUGACACAAUUCGAAACUGCUCAAAUUGCCAAUCUGUGUCCCGUCGAUGCUGAGGAGGCAAAGAGCGUCAUCCCAAGUUUAGUAAAGAUCGAGGAUGACAGAUUGCAGGCAUUACUCGACGAGAUACAGUUGAUGAGGAAGUACCAGUCCUGAAUGUUGCCAUGUUGUCCGACGUUCAUCGGUGGUCCGCUGCUUUCCUGACUUCUCAUCGUCGACUUGCUCCGGUACUUCGACACCUUCAAAAUGCAUGCACGUCCAGCCUCGAUUUGUGUGUUUCACGUCGUGGGGACUAAGCAAAGCACAUCACUACUGCCCUUUGUGCGUUAUCUAGGUACGAGUACUACGGGAACCAUUGUAAACUGCUCCAGCAUUUUAAUCAUGCAAAUGCCUGUCUUGUAACAAAAAUAAGAAGCCUAGAACAACGUCGACAAUUUGAUAACGCGUAUGUCUCUGUUCAC